AUGCCUGCAGUUAGUGGAGUUGUCUACCGAAUGUUUUUUGAGCCAGACGUUUACGAUCUUGUCAUCGCCGUUGUCACUUUGACUGGAGUAAGAAUCGCUUGGCUGAAGAACUGCAUUACGUUGGAAGGCUCAACAGAGGCUGCGGUAAGCAGACUCAUCAACAAGACCUCAAAUCCUCUAUCGGCAAAGACGUUUGAAUCCAAAGAGGGCCAACAAGUUCUAUGCUGUGAUGCCAGAUUAGUUUGCAAUGACUUGGAAAUCUAUCUGGGAACGAAUGCAGGGUUGACUUUGAAUCUUGUAGUGACUGAUAGCGGGAAUGUGAGGGUCAAGCACGAGUUGAAGCAAAACUCGUCUGGAUUCAGUCUCUUCCGAAGCCCUUCAAAAUCGAGCGGGCUCGCCUCGCGCAUUUGUUGUGUACGAGCAGUGGGUCAGAGUGAGAUCCUCCUGACCCUGUCGGAGGACGGGAAAUUGAAACGAUGGCAUUCUUCGUCCGGGAAGCUAGACGGUGAGAAGGUCGUCAAAUUAGAAAUGGACGAAGAAGGACAAAAGAUUUCGCUCCAAGCGUUUGACUUUGUGGUGCUGUGUGAAAAAGAGAAGGUUGUUUUCGCUUUGCGAUCUGAAGACUCUGAACAGCGAUGCGACCUACUUUGCUGUAACUUAGACAGAGUGAUUGACUUCAAACCGGAAAGGAGCAGAAUGGAAGAAACUCUCAAUUUCGUCAAAAAGAACAUCGAUUUCUUUCAAGAAAGCAGUCGAUGUAAUUUGGAGAGCAUCUCUGUUGGCAGGGUACAGGAUCAGGAAGUGCUGUUCACGGCAUGGAGUGGACAAGAUGCGACUGUGACGUGUGCGACGUUUUUCGAUGGAAACAAGUGGUUGACUGAAAAGGUUUACACACAAUCCCUAGAGAUUCAAUCACAAUCGGCCCUAGCAAAUAUGUACAUUUCUAAAUGGCAAUCUGGCAAUACACUAAAUCAUUCUCUCAAAAAACAAAUCCAGAACCCUGCUAAAAUGAUCGAAGACAUUGUUCUCCAUCCUCAGAGGUUUUCCGGCAAUGUUCUUCUCCUUGCCUUGCGCCAUACGAACGAGAAAUUUAAUUCUAUCUCACAGCCUUCUUUAGCAUGGCCGAAACCCCUGGAUUCGGAAAGUAGCAUCCAUGUUUUUGUGAAGAAAUCCUUAGAAGAAACAGCAAUAAUAGCCCAAGGUUCUGGAUUUGAGUUAGAGGAUGUCUGGCAGACAUACCUGGAAAACUGCGUUCAGACAUGGAAGGUUGAGUGUCAACCAUGUGCAGGAUUUGGAGUCAUCAAUGCAAGAUACCUUCAUGUUCCUGGUUUCUUUUCGAACACUGUGCUCAUCAGGAAGGAUACAAUUUCUUUGAUCCGAAUCGCCGACGGCUCUGAGCAUGACUUCUCUCGUGUUGUUGCAGAAGCAGAAGAGGCCUUGUCUUCCACAGUUGGUGACCGUGAUGAAUACGAGAUGUCAGGGAUUGAAGAUAACCUUCUAAGCAAUGUUGCUGACUCCGACAGUGGGUGCCUCUGGCUGGGUUACAAAAUGCUCAUCUGGGCGGAGGAAUCGGAUCCUGGAGGAGCAAUAUUUACCAACCAGAUGUUGCACAAGAAGGCCGACGUGGCUCUCCAGGAUUGUUUGCAUCUUUUGCUCUCAAGCUCUGGUCCAAGCAUCAGCUGGUGUGAUCCUGCUGAAAUUUUGGGUCACUUCCCAGAAAUUUUGAAGUUAGGCAGCGAUGCUUCGCAUCCAUCCAAGUUGAGCAUUUCGUUUGAGAAUCAAUUGGAACUUCUCAAAUCCUUCGCACGAGAGAAAAGUCCACCGUCCGACAGCACUGAUGGUAUUUUUUCACGAUGGAUGCAAUCUGUACUUGAGCAAUCAGUUGAACAGAUUGUGACAACCAACCACGAAGUUUUGAGGUCGAUUGCUCUUUUGUUUGCAAUGCUCGACUACCACUGCAAAGCCACGGGGUGUCAUGAAUCAGCCGAUAUUUCAAAUCUGCUGCAUGAAAAGGACUCGAUGACAAUGGAACUCAAUGAUCUGAGGGGAACUCUCUCUGGUUUUGUCACUUCAGAGUCAAUGAAAGAGAUCAAGGAUCUUCUCGAAAUGUUCUUCUGUUUCCAUGACAAGAACUUUGGCAUUUUUGAAUUCUUAAUCGACACAUCGCAAAAGAUCAGACAUACAACUUCAGCAUCACACGCAAGACACUCUGAUGCUUCAGAUCCCUUCAACAGCAUCUCAGAUUACAUCUGUCGGCUGAUUGGAUACAGCAUGGAGCACGUCAAGAGGAUAGAAGACAUCGUUCUAGAAUACCUACAGCACCCAGACUUGAGCCGAGAAAAUUAUGUUGUCCUCGUCGCUUUCUUGUAUCUCCUCCAAUGCACGUUUGACCGUCGUCGCCUCAUGCUGUUGGACAUCUUCCUUGCCAAUGAAAAGAUGGAUGAAGCAUACCGCUUGAUUUCGGACCGACUGGUGGACUGCCAGGAUCGUGACAUAUCUAGGCUUGAAGAGAUAGAUUCCAAUCUUCAGCAAGACGAGAUCUCUGACCUUUCUACAUGGUUCAAGAUGCAAGCAAUCGAUUUGAACCUGCACGAAGUCAUUCUAUCUCGCGCCGAAGACCGAAGGCAGCAGACCGGAUAUCGCUGCCUCCACACUUUCAUCACAGGGCCCAACUCAGAGCUCUUCAUGGUUCGAAAGCGGAUGGAUAAGUUGUGUUCAUACCCCUGGGUAGGUUGUGGUAACACAGUAGACACACUGUUGAGACAACAAGGAAGUCAAGCAGACGUGGAUGCACUGUACUUCGCUAGAUACUCGUACAACAUUGCGAGAAGUGAUUAUCGAGCAGCUGGUGAAACCAUGUUGAUCUACUUGUAUAACUCCAUCGAGGCGAAUGCGCGACAUGGGAAUUUCACAACAGUGGAGGAUCUCAAGAAGCAGCAGAACACCUGCCUUGCAGCAAUCAAUGCCUACAACCUGAUCGACGAGAAGUUCGCCUACUGGAUUCCCCCGAGCCAGUGGAACAAGAAGAGAGCGAUGUUUCCUCUGGGCGAGAAGCAUGAGUGGGAAGUCACAAAGAUCACAAGGUUCCCCAACGGCACAAACCAAGGGUGGGAGGUGAAUCAGGUCAACGAUGGAGAGGCAUCAGAGUCGCAGAGACAGGGUGAAGGCAAACAAGAUGAAGAAAUUAUCGACGACAACUGGAGAUUUCCCUCCGGUUGUAUCAGCCUUGAGGUUCUUAAGAAAUUCUACGUUCUGCUAAGAUGCAGAAUCAAGUUGGCUGAUCUCAAGAAAGAACGAUCUCAGAGGAUCGUUCACAUCUUCCCCUCCCGGCAGAAUAGCAUGGCGAAGGAAUCGGCAAUGGAGCUGAUUGAAAACGGGCUUUUGGAAGAUGCCAUCACACUGUCGGAACACUUUGAACUGGAUAACAUGGAGCUCUGCCAGAAGUUGGCUGAGAGCUGUCUACCUUCACAAACUAGCAGUGCAGACCAAGAGAACUUCAUUGGAUACGCAUGCUCAUGGCUUCUUGCACCGGGGCCUUCGCGUGAGAAGGUCCGUUUUGACACUCCCAAGACCGACACUUGUGGAUUGCUGCGGCUUUUCUUGCGAUACGACAGAUUGGAUGAAGCUGCUAACUUGAUCAUCGAAUGUCUAGAAACUUCAAACUCAUAUGCAAAUUAUGAAGUCACCACGCUGGAAGAUUGUCUUGAAAUGGACAUCUCGAAGAAUCGGUACACUUGCAUGCGUCAUAUAGAAUCAUGGCUGACACUUCUGGGAUUCAGAUAUGUCCCCUACAACUUGAUCGAUCAACUUCUGCGCCGGAUCGACAAACAUAUGCAGGAGGGAUCGGGUCGAGAUGCACAUAGCGUGGACAAGCUGAUUUCCAUCAAGGUGUCUGUGGAGAACUCUCUCCAGAACUGGAGAUGUUUCAUACACAAGGAGGGAGAGAUGAUGAAGAAAUGGUGCAUGUCAGAUGUUAUCAACCGGGAGGUGUACUUGCCAAUGAGCAAGAGCGGGUCGGGGUACAAGAUCCGAAGCUCAUGUACGAUCAGAUUUGCAUGCGGCUAA